CCAUCUCUCACCUUCACAACCCUCAAAACCACUCAAUUGCAUAUCCACCACACAAGACAGCAGAAUGCUCGACUCCAUCCCCCUCACCCGCAGCCGCCGCAGCGACGAACUGACCCGCCUGGCGGACCAGCACCUGCAACACGACCUGACGGCCUCCGACCGCGACGCGCUGCAGUCCGCCGCCCGCACCGUCUCCCUCUGGACAACCGUUGGGUCGGCUGUGGGCGUGGGAUUGGGAUUAUACACGGCCUUCCGACUCCGGAGCUCGCGUCGCGCCUUCUUCGAGGUCUUUCGCGCGCAGCAGAAGCCGACGCAGGUGGUGUUUGCGGAUGGGCGGACUGAAUCCAUCCCCGAUAUCACUCCGCUGCUUAAACCCACCACGUUCGGCGACUUUGCCACGUAUUUCUUUGCCUCGGCCGGCGGGUUGUUUCUGGGCGGGGAGUUGGGCUUCCUGGGCGGUGCCGCCGUCGGCAGUCGGGGGAUCACCAACGAGCCCGAGCGACGGAAGCGCAUCGAGAAUGCCUUCCGGCGGUUCCGGGCGGAUGUGCUGCGGCGCGAGGCGGAUGCGUUGGACGGCGAUCGGAACAUUAUUGAGAAGAUGUUCUAAUUGUUGGAAGCGUUGGAAGGGGGUUUUUGGUUCUUUUCCCGGGCAUUCGAAGGAGGUGUUGUUUUCUCUUUCUGGGCAUUGAAUGGGGCGGUGAUAGUAUGUGUGCGCAGGCACCUCGAUACCCGGUGUGUAUUUAGCAAAUAUGAUGAGAUAUGAUGAA